AUGCCUCCACAACCCAACAAUCUGCACCUUGCCAAUGACCCCUCACUUGAGGACCCCUCUGAUGAACAGGCUGAAACAAUUAUGGUACCUGCAGAACAUCAAAGGGCCACUGAAUCUGAUACUGACUCCUCUGAUAACUCUGACAGUGACAACAGUGAACCAAACGAACCUCUGUUUGACCUUAACAACAUCAACAAAAUGAAUAUCAACACCCUCCAGAACAUUGUCACACAAUCUACUCUACAUAAACAAGCCAAGACAUCCUCAUAUAAGCUACCUUCCAAAUGUCGAGGUUUCCUCCACAAGGUGACCCAACUAAAUGAUGCACUAAAAGACACCCCCAAACUGAUGACAAAGAACUGGUAUGCCUGGAAUCCUUGCUUCCAGGACAUAUUGGCCUCAUGGCCCCUGGCCCUCAAGCACCUCAAUGGCACUACCAAACCAGGUGACAAAAAGUACAACCGAAAACUGGAUGCAAAGCUCUGCAUGAUCAUCCAGAGCAAUGCCAAGCUCAUUGGCCAGGAUAAUGUUAACUACUUGUUCAUACAACCUGAAAACACUGAAUCAUGGAGGACUCACCAAUUAUAUGCCUGA